ACUGUAUAAAUACCUGGCCGUGUUGGCCACGAAGCUUUAUCACUACCAACACGCGUUGACAUGUGUCUCAGAACGCUCAUCCGAACCGGCUUUACGCUAUUAGCUGUCGCAUCCAUAACUUGUGCCGUCUCUGUUGUGGAGCAUGAUCUCGACACUUCAGAAGCAGGGCACAUCGAGAUUAAAUCCGAGGUUCACAAUGCAACUGGCAUUCGCUAUGUUAAGAACUCAGGGAUAUGCGAAACAACUCCACAUGUUACGCAAAUUUCUGGUUACAUCGACGUCGGAACGAACAUGUCCAUGUGGUUCUGGUUCUUUGAGUCUAGAAACUCCCCUGAAAAAGCCCCAUUCACUUUAUGGUUGAAUGGCGGCCCUGGAUGUUCUUCUAUGAUCGGAUUGUUCCGAGAAAACGGGCCAUGCUCAGUGAAUGCCGAUCGUAAUUCGAUCACUCUUAAUCCCUACAGGUAUCCAAUCGGGGCCGGAUUCUCUUAUGGUACCGGUCUGGUCAAUAGUACGGAAGAGGCUGCGCCGUUUGUAUGGACUGCAUUCCAGGUUUUGUUUGAGAGCCAGCUAUUUUCAAAGUAUGCCAGCCGAGAAUUCAUAUUUACUACAGAAAGCUAUGGUGGUCACUAUGCACCGAGUUUUGUGGCCUACUUUCAAGAGAAAAAUGUCUUGAUCGCUAGCGGGGCGAUCCAUGCCGUUCCAAUAGCUGUUGGCGCUCUGAUGAUUAAUAAUGGCUGGAUCGAUCCACUCAUUCAAAACAUCGCAUACCUAACAUUUACGACAUAUGCCCCUGGCUAUGGAAAACUCCAGCCGGAUGGCGUACUCAAGAACAUUUCGGAUGCCCUCUACGGCCACGAUGGUUGCAUAGCGCAAGAGAAAGCCUGUUACGCUGCUGGAAAUUCCACCAGCUCAAACGCGAUUUGCGAGAAUGCCGAUCGUUACUGCAUUGACCAUAUCUACGCCCCUGCUAUGGUUAAUUACGACAGCUAUGAUUUGCGGCAAAACACAUCUGCUUUAUUCCCCCCUUCAUACUACGUGGAUUAUUUGCACAAGAAAGAUGUCAUGAAGAAGAUCGGUGCUUAUUCCGAAUACGAGGAAUGCUCAGACCCACCCUAUUAUCGCUUUGCAUCUACAGGCGACGACGCUAGGACAUGGCUACCCCAGCUAUCGACAUUGGCGAACUCUGGGAUGAAGAUCUUGAUUUGGGUGCGUGCCUCAACGUCUACUUCCUUAACAGGCUGGAGAUGCUGAUAUCAUCUGCAACUGGCUUGGGGUCUAUGCGUCAGUCCUAGCAAUGGAUUGGUAUGGCAAUGAGACGCUCCAUAAUACCCCAUUCACCAAUAUGACGAUUAAUGGCAAGCCCGUGG